UGAGAGGAGAGAGUAUCUUUCGAGUGUUGUCUCCUGGUUAUACGUUGUUUGGAUGGCAAUUCGUUUACUUUGCGAUAACGAAGAUUUAGCAUAAUCGAAAAUUAAUUAUUAAUUUAUUACAUCAUUACAGUGUUAAAAAUGGAGUCUAGUAAAUCCGAUUCUACUCCAAAACAGGCUAUGGUCUAUAUUUGCGGAGAAUGUCAUCAUGAUAAUGAGAUUCGACCUAGAGAUCCAAUUCGAUGCAGGGAAUGCGGAUACAGAAUUAUGUACAAAAAACGCACAAAGAGACUCGUUGUGUUUGAUGCACGAUAAGUACGAGCAAAGAAUGAAGACAAUGGGAGUUACAGCGUUAAUUUUUCCUAGAUUUAUUACAAUAUUUAUUUUGUGUAUAAGAAUCAUCUAAUUUUUAAUAAAACAAUAGCAUUUUUCCGAAA